UACUGGCUGCCGAGGGGGGACCGGUGCCCCGAGCCCCCCGCCGGUGACUCCGCGGCUCUCCGUGCUUGGGGCUGGACCCGCUCCCCUUUCGGAGGUGGAAAAAGUUUGUGCGGCGUGGGGCGCAGCGCGGCGGAGCGGUGCGAACUUGGGCUGAACGAAUGAAGAAAAUACAUCCUGCGAAGAGUAAAAGUACUUAGUUCUGGGAAGACUCUUAAAGCACUUCUAACUUCAAAGCUGGAGAAAAUUAUGAAGAAACAGUCCAUCUGACUCCCUCAGCAUCUCACACAGAACACAAAAUGGCUCUUCAGAAAAAAACUGUUGCUGGUGUCUUGGCAGAGUGGUGUUUGGAGGAACCGCUGUUUGGUUGCAGGCGGCACCAGAAUGUUAGGAAAAAACUGAGACUGAUACGAGUUGUAGGGCUCCUUGUCACUGUAGUGGCCAUUAGUACUUUCUCACUUUCAAUGAGUGCCUUUUUCAAGAUGGAACCACAUAGCAUAGCACUGGUCCACAGCCUAGAUAGCCAAAAGCUGGUGCAUGGGCACCAAAGAACUCUCUUGGAUUUCACAGAACAGAAUGAAAAUGGCACUCCAGAUCCACAUGCUUCAAUGAAAUAUGAAGCUGGGCACGACAAUCAAACAGAUGAUCAUGCGAAGGGAGAGUACCCCGAGGACCUUUUCUCUCUUGAGGAGAGAAGACAGGGAGCAGUGAUCCUCCAUAUAAUUGGAAUGAUUUACAUGUUUAUAGCCUUAGCCAUAGUCUGUGAUGAGUUCUUUGUUCCUUCCUUGACUGUCAUCACUGAAAAACUGGCCAUUUCUGAUGAUGUGGCAGGGGCAACCUUCAUGGCUGCUGGUGGGUCAGCCCCAGAACUCUUCACUUCUUUGAUAGGAGUGUUUAUAUCCCACAGCAACGUUGGCAUUGGAACAAUAGUGGGAUCUGCGGUGUUCAAUAUCCUAUUCGUUAUUGGAAUGUGUGCUUUAUUUUCUAAAGAGAUCUUGAACCUUACGUGGUGGCCACUCUUUCGAGAUAUGUCCUUUUACAUCAUUGACUUGAUCUUGCUAAUCAUAUUUUUUCUGGAUAACUUCAUAAUGUGGUGGGAAAGCGUAACGCUCCUGACAGCAUAUUUUUCCUAUGUGACUUUCAUGAAGUUCAAUGUUCAAGUAGAAGAAUUGGUGAAGAAAUUUUUAAACAGGAACAAGGUUGAGAAGGUAACAACAGAUGCUGAAGGAAAGUCACCUAAUGCUGGAGACAAGGAUGACCAAAUGUUGACGACCAAGCCACGUCUCCAGCGGGGAGGAAGCUCUGCAUCUCUCCACAACAGUCUAAUGAGGAACAGCAUCUUCCAGCUCAUGAUUCACACACUUGAUCCACUUGCUGAAGGAAAGUUCAAGGAAAGGGCCUCAAUUCUGCAUAAUAUUGCCAAAAAGAAGUGCCAGGUAGAAGACAGUGAAAGGCAGAAUGGAGCUGCUAAUCAUGAGAAAGGUGCGAAAGUGGAAGUUGCAGUAACACCACCAAGUGAUUCAGGACCAGUGCAGAAUGGAAUCGCCCAUAAUGUUGAAGAGAAUGAAGAGGAUGAGGAGGAACAGCCUCUCAGCCUGGCCUGGCCUGAAACCCGACGCAAGCAGGCCACCUAUCUUUUAGUGUUACCCAUUGUUUUUCCACUGUGGGCUACCCUGCCAGAUGUCAGAAAACCUACAUCAAGAAAAUUUUUUCCUAUCACGUUUUUUGGCUCUAUCAGCUGGAUUGCAUUCUUUUCCUACUUGAUGGUCUGGUGGGCACACCAGGUUGGAGAGACCAUUGGUAUUACUGAAGAAAUCAUGGGAUUGACUAUUCUAGCUGCUGGCACAUCCAUUCCUGACCUUAUUACCAGUGUUAUUGUAGCACGCAAAGGUCUGGGGGACAUGGCCGUAUCCAGUUCCGUUGGAAGCAACAUAUUUGACAUCACAGUGGGCCUUCCUCUUCCAUGGCUCCUGUAUGCUGUGGUUAACAGCUUCACCCCAGUGACAGUCAGCAGCAAUGGCCUGUUCUGUGCAAUUGUCCUCCUCUUCAUCAUGCUGCUCUUUGUCAUCCUAUCCAUUGCUUCCUGCAAGUGGAGGAUGAAUAAAAUCCUGGGUUUCCUCAUGUUUGGGCUUUAUUUUGUGUUCCUGAUUGUCAGUGUCCUCCUGGAGGACAAAGUGAUCCAGUGUCCUGUCUCCAUCUAGUGGAAAGUGCUGUUUCUUGACAAAAGAAAAAAGAAAAAUCGAAACAAAACCUAUAUUAAAGAAAAGAUAAAUAUGUCAAAACGAAACAGAAAAAAAACCAAAACACAAUGGAAAGCUUCAGUGGGAAUAACCCAUGGAUCUGUAAAUUUCCUCUUCCUCAAUUUUAAAAGAGUGAAAGAAAGAAAAGGAUACAAAAGGUCCAUCUCAGAGCUGAAGAACGACUGCUGUGGACAGUGCAGUUACGCAUGAAGGGCUGAGUCCAGGUGCACCGAGGGUUUCUUUGCUGCAGAACAUCCUCGCUGCUCAGUAAUGGACACACUACGUACGCAUGGCAACAGCGAAAGUUACUGCUUCUCCUCUGCCUACGGUACACACCCGCAGACUUCUCAUUCUCUGUAGUAGUAUACACAGACACACAGUGUGCUCAGUUCUUAAAGCUCUCCUCUUCUAAGGGGAAUGCUGAUAUUAACUUUGUGGAGGCACCACCCCCCACACACCCUGGUACAGGAUUUUUCCAAUAGCCUGCUGAAACUCCUGAGUGGAAAGCAUACAUGAAGCGAUGAGUCACAAACAGGGAAGAGCUUGUACGUCUCUUCGUGUAAGUGGAUUUGUAUGAUAUGAUUUCAGCAAAGCCAGGGAAUUCAUCAGUGUUUUGAUCAUCUGCAUCACAGGUCUGUAAAGGCAAUCAGCAGGAUGUUAAUGGUGGUUUUUUACAUCUUGCAAAACCCUUCAGGUUCCAGAAACUCUGUCUCUGGCACUGAAGGAGCCAUGAUGCCUGACCGUUUUGUAACUGGUGCAGAUUUUCAUUGCAUUCUCAUGCAAAGACCAGAAUGGGGAUAAUCUUUCUUCUCUAAUAGCAACGCAGCAUGCAGUGACAUCAUACAGCUAUGUGAACACACUAUUUUUUCUAAAGCAGCAAUAUCAACAGUACCAACGGCUUUCAGAUGCUGUUAUGAUUAUGAGUUUGCCUUUUCAUGCCAGAAUAAAAAGGCUAAUUUGCUUAUGCAUAGUAUUUCAUACAGAAUAUAGAAGUAGUUAUAAAGUGGCAGCCUAAUUGCUAAGUGAAUAUAUAUUUUACAGGCUUUCACUAUUACUUGGAGUGUAAGGACCUUCACAGCUACAUAUAGUUAUUGCUGGAAGAGAUCCCCAGCUGUUGUAUAAAGCUGGGGCAGUUCACAUUUGCUAUUAUAAAUCUUGAAACAAGGUAGGAGAAACGCAAUUUAAAUACAGUGGAGCUGCAGGAAACUUACAUGAAAAUUCUCAGUAUUGCUGGAAGUGUACAUGUCUAAAGAAACUCAGGAAGGAGUGAAAAUGCAACAUCCAUUUUCUGAGAUACUGACAGAAGGAGAAAGUCCAAACCUUGAGCAAAAAAAAAAAGCCAAGAAGGGAGAAAGCAAUUAAUGUUCAUCUUUCUGUAGUUUAGACUGGAAUGAAUGUUAAGAAAUUAUUUCAGAUAAUCAUCAUUUGUUUGUUCAAGUCGUUUGUGCAAUUAAGAGUUCAUGAAGUUUCAGUGCAUUUCUGUGACCUGUUUCAGCAUUGUUUCAUAAGUGUAUUGUGCUCACAGUGGCAAUGCCAUGCUCACAUCUGUGUAACAGAAGGCUCAGCACAUUUUGUCUUGUCUGUUUUUCUCUGCUUCAUGCUGUUUGUUUCUCACUCAUCCCCUUUGUCCUUUACUGUUAUUCCUGUUAUAUGUGUUCGUAUGUAAUGGUGUAUGGUUAGAAAGUAAGGACUUGACAGAAAACAGUGGUAGAGAAAACAGUACAAAAUUCAUAUUAGGAAUAUUAAUAUCAUGUGAUAUCAUGAAGAAAAAAGUGAGAUAUUAAUGAAAUAAAGGAAGGAUACUAGGAGUUGCAAUGUCUGCUACUCAUAUAUUGUCCUAAGGUAUUAAGUCCUAGCUACAUGCAGAAUCAGUAUUUGACUUUAACCAUACCACAAGCAACAUCUCUUACUUCUUAAUGCUUUUUAGAGUGAGCUUCUCACAUUGUGAGCAAAAACUUGUCUUUGUAUUCAAGAUCUUUCACUGGUCCAGAGUCCUUACCUGUCUUAAUGGUAGUGCUGCCUGCCCACCUCUUUAACAUUUGUUCCUACGGGUGUACACUGGAAAGGUAGGUGGAUAGACAUAACUGCGAUGCCCUCUACUGACAGGAACAGCAACCUAAAGCAAAAUCUAUAACCCAAAUUCUGACCUCCACUGAAACUUGAGUCCCAAAAUACAGAGCUGACUCCACAGUACAGUCUAUUCCAGAGGAGUCGCCAAAUGCUUUUGUUUCUGAUGACAGUGAUCAAAACAGGCAAGCCUUUCCCAAGUAAGCAGAAUUAGAGGAGUGAUCUAAAGGAAUGGCUGUGUAUGUGGGCACUUAAAAAAUACUGCAAUGUCCAGAUUCACUGCGCUGACAUUUCAAAUCAAGAAACCAGACCAGAACAAUCUCUGUUCAGUACAAUUUUUUUUUUUUUUAACUUCAUGCCACCAUGGUGUAACAACUCCUACACUGGAAAAGAAAAACUCCUAUCUGACCUUCAGAGCUGUAAGAGCACUCUGGUGCACUCUGCAAAGUGAGGGCAUCAGCAGCAGAGACUGCUGCCACACUGAGGGCAGGUAGGCAGUAGAGAGUAACUGGCAUCGACAGCUUAUAGGCAGACCUUUAUGUAUACCAUUAAAUACUAGUAUCCUGUAAUGGCAUUUCUAUCCUGUUUUAAAAUGUGUCUCAUUUCUUUCCCAUGUCUGUUUGUCCCUAUCACAUAUUUAUCUUGGAAGAUAUUAAAAAUAGCUUUUUCUCCUCCAGAAGAAGACACAUCAUGGCUCCCACUGCUUUGCAUCUGUAGGGCAGACCAUUUUUCAAAUGGCUGAAUAACUGUGCCAGUGGUAUCUCAGAUCCAGAGGGAGCAGGACAGAUUUCAGUUGUGUGGUGCUUUCUGUGGAGGCUGUCUGUGAACAAUGUUUAUACUUGCCAAGGCAGCUUUCUACUGCUGGGGUAAACUGUUCAUGGACAUUUGGAUGCUGGUGUGCUCUUUGAUUACAAGACAACAGCUCUGCUGGCUGGUAGAGGAGUAGGAUGGAGGGAGAAGCUUAGUCCCUUGCCCUGUGCAGAAGGAAUUCAAUCUUAAACUGGAAUGCUGAGAGAACAGCCAAAAGCUGCUCCAACCCAGUGACGGGAUGUCAGUGAGUUGUCCAGGCUCAAUGCUGCCAGAAAUGCACACACUUGUUACAACAUUCCUAUUUUACAAUGACAGCAAAUUUCCCAGCAUAAAGUGUUUCUCAUGGUUCAUAAUUACUUCAGUGUGGGAUCAUGAACUCUUCUCAACGUUUCACACCUAGAAGCCAAAGUUCAGUUUCUAUUUUCUUCAGUCAAAGUUCUGAAUGACUUCACUAGGGAUCUGGUCCUUCACACUGCCCAAAUUCUACAGCAAGCUGGUUGGUGUUGAAGCCUCUUCCACCUGCCUGUAUGCCUGUGCUCACUUACUCAAUUGUACUGGUGUCUGCAUAAUCCUUACAAAGUGCAAAUGAAAAAUGUGCAUUAUGAUAAAGAUCCUGUUCUAGCUUAGCACUUUCAGGACACCAGCUUGGCAACACAGUAAGUACAAUAAGAAUGCAGUUUCAGAUUAAAUAACCAACUCUCUGUGGCACCAUCAUCUCUGAACAGAACCAAUGUUGAACACAAUUUUUGGAAGGGAUUUCCGGUAGCAUUGGAAUAGGAUCAUGGUUCAGAAUGUAGCCAGUUUUAAAGGUUUUCUGCACUAACUUCAUUGAAAAUAAAUAUGAGAAUGGGCCCCAUUGGUAAAAAAUACUACCGGAGUUCUACAACUAUUCUCUGCUUUCCCUCUGCAGAAGCCACCCUGGUCACAAUCUGGUAAAAGCUAUAAAAGUGUGAUUAAAAGUGUGGUGUGACGAUUCUCUCCUUAAGAACUACAUGUGGACAUGGAAAGAUCUUUCAGCAAAGCUCUAUGUAUUUUAAAUUAACUAUUUUACUGAAAGCUAGUGCUUUCUUAUAGUGCAGACAGGCUCUUGUGUCUGUAUGCUUCUGCUUAUGUAUCCAGUUGCUGUGGCUGACUGCAGAAACUUCAUGAAGCAUAAAGCACGGUGGGUGACAAGCAAUCUUAUCUAGCUGUCAUUUGUUUGUAAUGAAUGACAAUAAACCUACCAUAUAAUUUCCACAUAUACUACUCUGAAGUAGUUUAUGGUCACUGUCACUCAUGGUACUGUUGUGUGUGGAUAUGAAGGUCCACAAAGUGGUAAGUUAAACAUGUAGUUAAUCCAAGUACUGUGAAAAAAUAGAUACUUAGGAAUAUUAUUAAUGUUUGGGUGUUUUUUAAGGGAUUAUUUCUCUGGUUGUCUUUUACUUCAUUACAUAUUUUUCAAAAAAGGGGAUAUACAAUGUUUUUUAAUUACUAGUCUUUCAGCAGUAAUUCCUUAAAAUAGCAUCUUGUGGUCCAUAUAACUUAUGUUCUGAGUCAAGUAUGAGUCUGUAUCAGAUGGUUUUAUUUAUUUAUAACAAGGAAAUAAUCCCUUCUCUAAGAACUGGCCCAAUGAAAUGUAGAAGAGUUCUGCCAUUAACCUGGACAAGAUAGAGACUUUUCUCUUAGGUUCCCAUGUUUCAUAAAUGCAGUUACAUAACAAACCUAUUUGUCCUGGGAGCUAUGUACAAAGAGAUAAAUUACAUUCACUUGUAUUCUUGGAAACAAUUUUACCUCUUGUAAAUAACAAUGACACAACUAACUGAGAAAGAGGCAUGGUUUGAGCAGGCGAUGUUUUUUAUUAUUAUAGUUAAAGAAUUAGCACACAGAAAAAUACUUGCAGGAAGUGAUUUUGAGGUUAUCAAAUGGGAUAGUUUGCACUCAAAAGUGUGGAGAAGAAUACUGCUCCAGUCCUCCAACAGCCAUGGGUUUCAUUUGUGGUUGAUGUUAAAAUUAUCCUUCUAGGGUCUGUUGCCAUCAGUUACAGGAAUAUCAGUAUUGAGAUACCCGUCAUUUCCAUUGGAACUGGGAUGAGUCACUUCCAAAUUGAAGUUCUGCAAUACAGUGCACCCAUCAAAUACAGAAGUCACAUAUGGCUCACAGCCCUGUAGUUCAGGCAGGCCAUCCUGUAGGUCUGCAGUGUCUUGCUAGGUGUCAGUGUGCAGCAUCCCAGGGCUUGUCUGCCUGGAUGGGUGCAGACAGUUUGAGCGUUCCCCUGCCCAUGCUCUGCCUGACCAACUGCAAGCUGUGUCUUCUCCAGAAGUCAUGUGGUCACAUUAGCAUGGCACUGAGCCCAUGCCCCAGCCAGCCAGGCGUAGGUCAGCCCCAGACUAGAAGCCAUGUAAUCCCUCGGAGUGUGGAUAGGCCAGACACAGAACUGGCCGUAUCGUUCCUACAUGAGCCAUAAGUGAAACAGCCCAGGACAAGACUGAGUCAUCCAAGAUUGGUAAAUGAACUGUACAUUCAUGUAGAUUUAUUGUAAAUUCACCCCUCAUCAAAUACAAAACCAAUCCCAACAAUGAAAUUUGUACACGUUUUUAAAGAUCGUGCACUUUACUAUUUUUUUUUAUUUUUAUUUUAUGUCACAUAGUUGUCUUAAUGCAAAAAGAAGCCAUAAAAAACCCAGAAGACUAGUAUGGGGUUUCUAAAUAAGGGGAUCAUUAAUUUUAAAGUAAAAAAUCAAUUCCAUGUCUCUGUUUAAGGUAUAAUGUAAAAUACUGACAAAUAAAUGUACAGUAAAGCAGGAUCUGGUUUUGCCUUAGUGAUGCUGUCAGUAAGUCAGGGGGAGUUUGCUCCUCAUACUCUUGAGUUUUCCUGUGGGGCUGUACAAAAUGCUGCACACUACCUUUGCAGCAGGGACUCAAUCCUGCUACCCUUGUUCACCCCAGGAGAAGGAAUAAGAUGCUCGCAGAGUCAGGCCCAAUGAAGCAAUUAAAUCAUUCUGCUACUCUGAUGUUUUCUCCCACUGAGAUCACAGUAAAGGAAGCUCCUUAUGUUUUAGUAAGUUUAUAAGAACUGAGUUGCUUCUCCAAAAAGUUUCCAGGGUCAGGUUAUCCAGUAGAAAUCAAUAAUUCAUUUUAAUCCCUUAUAAUAAUUAAGUAAUGCCAAAGGAUUUCACUUGUGUUCAUUUCCAUUAUCAACUUCUCUGUUGCAGUUUUAAUCUUGCAGUCCUGACUCUGGGGAGUUGACUUACAUAAAUUAAAAUUAUUUCUGUCACUUAAGAUGGCAAGAUCAGGACAUGGUAUUGUCAUGUGAAAAUAGUAGUGUGUUAUAACUGACAAUCAGAUGCUAUUUUUGUAAUAAAGCUUUUUUAGCAUGUUUGUUUCACUUUGUAGUUUUCAUACUCUUAUCAUCUCUCAGUUUCAACCUAUUGUAAGAAAAAUCUGAAGUCCCCCAUCUGUACUCAUUUCAAACUUUAAAAGUAAAAAUACAUUGCCAUGUAUUUUAUAUUUUGCAAGUCCAGGCAACCCCCUGAAAAUUGCAGUUUUUCUCCUGUGUUUAAGUGUAUGGAUCAUUAUUCACUAGAUGAAACUCUUGUAUCUCUAAAUCAGCAUUUUCUCUGUGAAUAUAAGUUUGUAUAUAGUAUGAAAGUUACCUUUAUUUGUACAUGGGCUCUUGGAAAUAAUCCCUUCUAUCAAGGUCCUACUUCACUGUAUCUACAGAAUGUUUCACUGUGGCGUGUACACUUUCUCACCUUACCAUAUUAACACAGAGUUCUUCAUACAAAUCACUUUAUGUAAUUGAGUUGUCUAAGUGUGAAUAACAAUAACAACAAUAAAUACUAAUAAAAAGAGAGUGUGUCAA